AUGUCUGAGACUCAAGAUGCUUACAAUGGAAAGCCGGACAAAACGAUCCCCAUUGCCAUCAUCGGCACGUCUUUCCAGUUCCCAGAUGAUGCUACCUCCGCCGAGUCUUUCUGGUCUAUGAUGAUGGAAGGGCGAUGUGCCUCGAGAGAUUUUCCUGCGGAUCGGCUUAAUGGCUCAGCUCUCUAUCAUCCAGAUUCCAGUCGUGGAGAUAGUGUUCCAUUACGGGGAGGCCAUUUCCUCACCCGGGAAAUAGGGGCAUUUGAUGCACCUUUCUUCUCUAUCUCUGCUUCCAAGGCAGAAGCUAUGGAUCCUCAAUCCAGAGCUCUCCUAGAAACCACGUAUAGGGCACUUGAAAAUACCGGCAUAUCAAUGGAGGCUGUUUCGAACAGCAAUACAUCAGUUUAUACAGGAAACCUUGCUGAUGAUUUCAGGUUUUGUACCGCCCAAGAUAUUGAAACAAAUGGAAGAUAUGGAAUGAUGGGUAUGACAAGUCUGCUGUCAGGCUGUCCUUUAUUCUUCUUCAUCAAGAAUCCUCUACAACCCCGCUGGAGGAACUUUCUAAAAGUCUCUGAAAUUCCCUGGGUCAAGGAUCAUAAGAUUAAUGAAGCAAUCAUUUACCCAGCUAUUAGCGUGGUGGUAAUUGCCAUUGAAGCGGCAAAACAACUUGCCGAUCCAGACCGUCCUAUGAACGGUAUAAAACUCACGGAUAUUUAUUUCUUGACAGCCCUUACGGUCCCGACUAGCGCUCAAGGGAUUGAGACACAGCUGAUUCUUAUUCAAAUAGACUACCUCCCACGAAUCACCAACGAACUAGAGGGUAAAGAGGGCCCGAAGAAACUGAAGGAAGCUCAAGAUGCUUAUAAAGCCAUUAACGAAACCGCAAUCUUUAAGAGGACUAAGGACGAGUUCUAUAACUCGGCGUUCAAAUAUGGCUACACUUUUGGACCUUCCUUUAGAGCUAUGGACGAACUCGCCUUCAGCGACAAGUUCGGUCGCCAGGCGACGGCUAGCAUCGACUGCUUUAGGUGGGCAAGUAUUGAUAACAUGAAUCAUUUCCAAGAGCAUAUCGUUCACCCAACAACCCUUGACGGUAUUCUCCAAGUAAGUCUUGCGGCAUUCACCCGUGCUGGAGAAGAUGUUGUGUCAACAGCUGUCCCUGCCGAGAUUGAGUACCUAUGGAUAGCGAGCUCUGGUCUCAGCUUCCCGAGCGCAGAUACAAUCAAGUCAAAAGGCAAAAUUAUUUCCCAGGGGAACGUUGGAUACGAAACCACCACCACCGCACUCGACAGCUCAAUGCCAAGAAUUGUGCUGGAUGCAAAGGGCAUAAAACUCCGGUUUGUCACUGGGGCGGCGUUAUCUCCAGAUCAGGCGCGACAUCCCCAUCUGUGUUACCAUGUGAACUUACUCGGUGCCAGAACACGAAACUCGAUGAUGAGCACCCGGGCGAUUGAAUACGAGAGGGAUCUAUCGGAUGCGCAGCCACUCUUGGUAGAUUUCCUGGACCUGAGUACCUUUAAAAAGCCGGACAUGAAAAUUCUACAUAUUCGUAGUCCAGACGAAACAGUGUUUCUCCAGAAUCUCUUUGAGGCCCAGGGCGCGUCCGGUCCGACUUUUCCUUGUCUGGAGUUUACUUCUCAGGAAUCUGGUCUUUUGGGAUCCCAGGUUACUGGUACAGAUGUUUAUGAUUUGGUUAUCGCUGUCGCUUCACAUGAACUAUCGGACUCAAGUAAUCUGCCUCUUAGCCAGGCUAAUCAAUUACUCAAGCCAGGUGGGAAACUGGCCAUAAUGAUCGACAAUCGGUUGCAAGAUAACCGUACAGAGGACAGUGAUUCUCAGAUAGGCAUAGCCGAUCCGAAUUCAUACACCCCCACAAGUGAGAAGAGUCGCGAGAGCUUAGAAAGUCACGACCCAGAGUGGAAAACGACUCUCGAACAAGCUAGCUUCACAGAUAUAUUGCCUUACACUAACGGUAUAACUAAUGCGCCAGUAUUAGUUAUCUCGUCAAAAGCUUCGGAAGCAUGCGUGCUAAAGCCUCCUAUGCACUAUCUGCUGGUGAUCGAAGCAACUCAGUUUCAGGAAGACUUUGCACGGCUUUUGGAAAAGCAGCUCAAUGAUGCAGGUUUUACAUGCGAAACAUGUUACCUUGACCAGUUCAGCAUCGCAGCCCAUAACUCACAGCUAACUUGCAUAUUCCUCCCCGAAUUCGAGCGUCCUCUGCUGCAAAAUCUAUUUCUAACAUUAUUCACUCAGCUACGGGAUAUUCUUAUCUCAGCAAAGGGUCUUCUUUGGCUAACGGGUCAAAAUGAGAAUGGCUCACUGCUACCAAACCGAGCGAUGAUAGAUGGUCUAACACGAGUCCUUCGUUCUGAGAAUGAGCAAGUUGUUAUCGUAACGGCUGCGCUUACCAGUUCUCCUGUCCAAGAGCAAGCCGAGCACGUAUUUGCAUUAAUAAAGAACACGGAUUUCAGAACGACAAGCCAAGACUACGAAAUGUCAUAUAUGCAAGUCGGUAAUGAGCUCCAUAUAGGCCGUAUCCAACCCCUGAAGGACUUAUCUCAAAACAUCUUCGAUAAAUCCUUACCAUAUCAGUCAAAGGUUCUCCCAUUCGGCCAAGCGCCCCCUCUUAGAAUGACCGUUAGAACUCCCGGCCUUCUUGACACCCUGUACUUCGUGGAAGAUACAUUAGUCGAGGAACCCCUAGCUCCCGGAUGGGUUGAAAUCCGCGUUGGCGCGGUGGGCCUUAACUUCAAAGACCUCCUUCUCGCCCUCGGAAGGGAGAGUGGGACAACUUUUGGGAAUGAGUGCGCAGGCGUCGUACACCGUACGGGACCUAAUACAGACUUUAAAAUUGGCGAAAGAGUCUGCACCUCCUCAGCAACCGCGUACUCUACAUUUACUAGAGUCGAAGCUAAGUGCCUGGCUAGAAUACCCGAUAACAUUUCUAUUGCCCAGGCUGCCGCUGUCCCUACCCAGUUCGGUACUGCUUGGUAUGCCAUUCACAACGCCGCCAAGAUGCAGAAGGGUGAAAGUAUCUUAAUCCACUCAGCCGCAGGAGGUACUGGUCAAAUUGCUCUACAGAUAGCACGGCUGGUAGGCGGCGAAAUCUUUGCUACGGUCGGGUCUGAGGAAAAGAAAAGAUUUCUUAUCAACCACUACGGCAUCGCUGGAGACCAUAUCUUCUAUAGCCGCAACACAAGUUUCGCUGAGGGAAUCCUUCAACUAACCGAAGGCUGGGGUGUUGAUGUCAUCAUCAACUCCUUAUCUGGAGAAGAAUUAUUGGCUUCGUGGGAUCUCAUUGCUCUCAACGGCCGAUUCAUCGAGCUGGGGAAGAAAGAUAUCGUCGCUAAUAGCAGUCUUCCUAUGCGCCCUUUUCUCCGCCGUGCCACAUUCACCGCUGAUACUGGAUCUCUAUCACAGGAAAUAUUGGAGCAUGUCUUAGGAAUGCUGGCCGAAGGAACUUUACGACCGGCACAGAACUUCCAGAUCCUACCAAUCUCUCAUGUUCAGGAAGGGAUGCGAAUGCUCCAGUCUGGGCAAAAUAUCGGAAAGAUCGUUUUUGAAAUGACCGACGAUUCGCUCGUACCAGCUAAAAUCAAAACCAAGUCUAUCUGGUCUCUCGGCGAACAUAAGACGUAUGUUAUCGCCGGCGGGACGGGUGGACUCGGUCUUAUGAUCGCAGAGUGGAUGGUAAAGGAAAAAGGGGCUAAAAACCUCCUUUUACUAUCCAGGUCCGGGAUAAAGAAAACGGACACUCACGCCACGAGUAUAGUCGGGAAGCUUCGCCAACUUGGAGCCGCGAUUGAAUGUCCAGAAUGCGAUAUUAGUGACACGACUUCAUUACAUUCCGUUCUUCAGAGAUAUAAGAACGCCAUGCCACCUAUUGCAGGAUGCGUUCAAUCCACGAUGGUAUUAAGGGACGGUCUUUUUAAAAAUAUGUCGUAUGAAGACUGGAUAGCAAGUACGAACCCAAAGACUCGCGGCUCCUGGAAUCUCCAUACGCUGUUACCGAAAGGUCUCGAUUUCUUCAUCCUGCUUUCCUCGAUCUCCGGAUUCAUAGGUUCCGCCGGACAGGCCAAUUACGCAGCCUGGAAUACAUAUAUGGACGCCCUCGCGAAUUAUCGCCAUGCGCUAGGUGAGCGAGCUACGGCGUUGGAUCUCGGUGUGAUUCUCGACCACGGGGUCCUAGCCGCCGAUGAAGCCCUACGUAAUCGAAUCCUUGCGCAGGGGCUCCUCACGGGCAUCUCGUUUCCUGAAUUACUCGCGUUGCUCGAUCACUGCUGCAACCCCGAAGACCCCAUUGUGAAUCCGCAAAUCGCGAUCGGACUAGCUCCCGCGUCUCAAAUUAAAGCCGGCGGUCUCCACGGCCACCGCUCGUUUCUCUCGCUCCCUUUCUACAAGCACAUCUUCAACGACGCGACCGGCGCCGACGGUGCGGGCAGCAGAGAAGAGAGCGCCGAAGCUAAGCAGAGACAGGAGUUCCUCGCCGCCAAAAACAUGUCCGAAGCCGGGGCCGUCGUCUCCCAGGCGCUAUUGCGGCGGCUGGUCAGCAUCACGCCCGGACUUGAGGGCCGCAUGGACGCCGCGGAUUCCCUGGACGAGCCGAUCCGGAACUUCGGCGUUGACUCGCUGCAGGCGAUCGAGCUGCGCAGCUGGUUCGCCCAGGAGUUCGCGGCUGAUAUACCGAUUUUUACGAUCCUUGGGGAGGAGACGUUGGCUACGAUGGGGCUGUUGGCGGCGAGGAAGAGUAAAUUGCGGGUGCCGUGAUCUAAGUAAGGGGUCAUUAUCGUUUGUCCGUUAAGGUUGUCAUAAGUUUAUGAUAUAUAUUUCGGUUAUUGGCGGACUAUAUUCGUCAUUCUGUACCGUAUUAAUUCUGGUGUGCAGAUACGAAAUACCUAUAGUAAGACAUUGGAUUGUUACUUUUAUGUGUUAACAGGCACUUGGAAAUAAAGUACCGGGUGGAUAUUCAUAUUUCUAUCUACCUAAAGCAUAAAGUUAUAUUCGCGUGAUUUCGAUGCAUUAUUGUGCUUGUAUGAGCUUCAAUGUCGUGAUAUCUCGGUAUAAACGAUGUAAGUAACCUCGGGUAAUUGCGAGAGCCAAGUCGCAUAAUAGCACACCUUAUUAGGUA